AGGUCACAUUGGAAGCGAACCGUCUCAGGUCCAUGGAGGCUGCUGCUCUGCUCAGAAACCCCGGCCAAUGGGAGGUUUUAAUCAAGCGCUUAGAGUGGACUCAAAGAGUCAGAGGUGGAAACUGGUACAUGGCAGAGGGAGCUGAACCAAACAGGGUCAUCAAAGAAAGCAAAACAGUAAUCAUACCAGGGGUUUGGAAAGUGAAACAAUACAAGGAAUGGCAAAAACAUGCAACUCAAAAUCCAGAAAUUGGAAAAAUCAUGAAUACCGAACAUCAGCCACCAGUUGGUAGUAUACUGGAAGCUAAAAACAUGAACCUGAGUGGCAAACUAGCACCAGCUAUGCUUAAAGAGGGAGCAAAGUCUUCUCCUCUGGAUCCCAACCUGAUAACGGAUGUGCAGAAAUAUCGUGGCCAUGAAUUUCCAGCUGUUUAUGGGCCUAAAAAGGCACACGGUCAGUUUCCAGAUUCAAAAUAUGAAGACUUUAGAUCGUACUUGGCUAUGACCAUGAGUAAAGAUGAUGUUGAGGGAACGUUCAAACUGACGAUCCUCGGUGCGAUGAUGAGACAGCUGGACGGCGGCAGCAGCUCCAACACCCUGCAGAUGAAGAGGAAGAAUACGAGCAGGCUCGCCAUGUUUGAUCUCAGUUUUCAGGAACAAAGUCUGAAGUUGGUGGACCGAUGGUUCAGCCGGCUUCAGGGGUCAGGGGUCAUGACGGUCGACCAUCACGUCACCAUGACGACCUGGAUCAACAGAAAGGGCUACAGGGACCAAAAUGAUCCACACACCGUCCAAGUCACCAACUUCCUGCAGUGAAAAGUUGUGACCAUGUGAGGAGAAACAACCGCAGGGUCGUGGACCGUCCUGGCGCUCGUAACAAGGCCUCUCUGGAUUGGUGUCGAAAAAACUUCAUUUUCUUUCUGUUUUCGAUUCAAAUUCAUUUUAAGGUUUACUUACUGUUGAUGGGCUCAUUGCAGUAAACUAAAGUCAAAAGUUAAAGACCAGCAGCAAGUACUUUUUCCAAAACAGAAGUUUUUAGAAACCACUUUGCCCUGUGUGUCGCAUUAAUAAUCACACACAUGUGGAAAUAGAAACCUUACUGUAGAUAAUGUUACCACAUCGUCAGUAAAGUACAUCAUCAUCAUUCAUUAUGAUGAAAUAAAUCUUACCACAUGUUGAUUUUAUGGAAGCUUUGAAUUAAAACUUGUUUUUUAUGCUUGUACAUGAAUCCUGACCAGACGCUCACAAGGAAAAACUGGUGUUUUUUUAAUGAUGAUCUAAAUGACAUAGUUAGUUAUCCAGUACCAGUUUUCUAGUUUGUGUGAAUAAGACAUGCCAUUAUUUUUAGUAACUUCAUUUUAAAGUCACUGUAUUUGAAUAUUGAAUCAUAUAAGAGAAUGUUUCAGUUCAGUGUUGGACUCUGAUAUGAGCUCCUACUCAUACUGGCACCGAAAAAUUAUUGUAAUUGGGGUUGCGUUCUCUCAGCUUUUUUUUGUUAUAGUAACAAAUUGCUAUAGCGCGGUAGAAAAUCAAUCGUUUCAAGAACUUCUCUGCGCAUUCAAAAUAGACAUUUUACUUACCUGUAAUGUUUAAAACCAUAUUAUGUAGAAAUAACAUACUGACAUCAUGUAAGUUUAUGUCAGCUGCAUCACCAACAACAAAGUUGAUUAAUAACUAAUUAGUUAAGUUAAUAAUUAACUUAUUGUGGGACAAAGUGAUAUUACAAGACGUGGCGGAUCGGCCUCACUCAUUAUCAUUAUCAUUAUUAUUAUUAAUAUCAUUAGCUCCGUAUCGUUGGUUGGUCUUUCUUCAACAACGCAGACCUUUGGCUCCCCAUGUGGUCAGGAGUGGUAUUACUACAUGAAGCUUAAACAAAUAAAUAUACAUAAUGUGCAAGCAACAUCUUUUCUUAAUACUUUGUUUUGCAAACGGGUUUAUCAGCUUGUUAGUCAUUUGCUGUAAUCAUAUUAUGUUAAUUGUCUUCUGGAAUUAAAGGGGAUUUUCAUCCAUUUAAUGGAAACGUAUCAAUAUAUGAUAAGUUUGUCAGAUUUUUUUUCGUCUGGUUUAUAUAUUUUCUUUAAUUAUUAUCCUACAACAAUUAAAUCCCUUCUACAUUGUACUACAUUUCAUAAACGGUUGUACAUGCUGAUUUUGCAUAGUUAUAAGACAUAACUGAAUUUAGAUAAAAUGUAAUAGUUUUAAGGUUUCUCUUGGGGAACAGAAAGGAGGGGGAUCAUCGACUCAGUUAAUCAUUGUUUUCUAUGUAACAACUGCAAAGCAUUUGUUUGGUGAUGGGUCAUUUUCCAA